UAACGUAAAACUGUUGUAAGCUGGUAACAUUGACAAUUCCUGUAUUAGUUUCGUGGUUGCUGGCUGUAAAAUCUUUGCUUCAUCCAAAAUAAUAAUUUAAUUUGGCGAAAAACUUUUAUAAUCAGAAAAUAAAAUAAAGUGAUUUAAAAAUGGCUAUUGGUGCAGGAAUGUCUUGUGUGAAGUACUUGUUAUUUUCCUUCAAUCUGCUAUUCGCCAUAACAGGAUUGAUAAUCCUGAUAGUUGGUGCCAAAUCAGAAAUCAAUGCUCAUCCCUAUGUUAGCCUAACAGAUGAGAGUUUCUACACAUCAGCUCCGGUUAUUCUGAUCAUCGUUGGCCUGAUUGUGUUUGUUGUUGCCUUCUUCGGAUGUUGCGGUGCUGUUAAGGAGAACCAUUGCAUGAUUGUUACUUUUUCAGUGUUCCUGCUGAUGAUAUUCAUAGCUGAGCUGGCGGUCGGCAUCGCUGGUUAUGUGAAACACACGGAGCUUGAAACAUCCAUAGUCCGGACCCUUAACGCAUCGAUCCAGCAAUACUCGACCGACCCGGAUAUCAAGAAAAACUACGAUAUUAUUCAAACUGAUAUGCAAUGUUGCGGUAUCUACGGCGUGUCGGACUGGAAGGCGAGCGGACAACCUAUCCCCGCCACCUGCUGCGCGGGACAGGAGAUCACAAACAACAUAACCAUCGAAUGCACUCCGGACUCCCCCAGCAUCCACAAGAAGGGCUGCCUCGACCUGAUCCUCAACUACAUGAAAGAUCUCGCGCUCGUGCUGGGUGGAGUUGGACUUGGAAUUGCAUUUGUGCAACUGCUCGGAGUCAUAUUCGCAUGCUGUCUCGCUCGCUCGAUCCGCAGCCAGUACGAGACCGUCUAGAUAAGUUCGGCGUCAUCAGUUUUAUAGCGAUUCCAUAAUAAUUUAUGUAUUAAUUGAUCUGUUCAUAACAUGUUGUGAUUAAGUGAAAGUCUAAUAUUACAAUAUUUUGUUAUUUUUUUUAUUUGUACAUUUAAUUUUAUAUUUCAAUAGAGAAAUAUCUCAAGACUUGUAUACUUCAUUAUUAUCAGUUUAGAAGGCGUGAGGCACAAAUAUCACACAAGUGUGCUCAGGAUAGAAGACUGAUUUUCGAAUAGUAACGGUUUCAAAUGCCAAAUCAAUUUCAUCACAUGCACUUCGUAUGAUAUUUAAUGUUUUAAAUUUAAAUAUUUAGAAUUUAGUAAAUGUAUUCUACUGUCUCUUCUACGUAGAUUCGUGCACGAUGUUUGUAUUGGAGGAGGUUUAUGAGAUGCAACAGUUUUGAUUUAUUUUGUAUCAAAUUUUGCAUCUUAUAAACAAAUUUUGGAGCAAAGUAUAUUAGAAGUUUUUCUUAGUAUUUAUAUUAACAUUAAUAAAUCUGUAUAUGGUGGUA